AUGUGGACGCACAACGGGUUUGAUAGGGCGCCGGCUCCUCUCCACAGCGCCCACCGGACCAUCUUCAUUUUAUCGAUCUUAGAUAUCCGUCAACGUCUCCUGUCAGGUGUAAAAACUGCUAUGAAGUCUAUUCUAUCAGAAGUCUAUGCAGCGGAUAAGAUCUCUCCUCCCAAGGCGCCGUCUUCUUCCAUAAUAUCAAUUUUGCGGAAAGCUGCUCUUCGUCGUAAAGAUUCUGCCGCUCAGUUCAUACAAGCAUCACGCCCAGAUUUGGCCGAUAAGGAAGAAAAUGAGGCAGCCAUUAUCUCGGCAUUUUUGCCCCCGGUAUUGUCUGAAGACGCCAUUGACAGCAUAUUGACAGAGGUUCUCGCUGAACUACCCCCUUCGCAGACCGAUUCGCGCAAGAAUCUCGGCAGAGUCUACAAAUCUUUUUAUUCGAAGGUGGACAAAUCUAUGGUGGACACUGACGCUGUGAAGCGUAGAGCAGAGGUGCUUAUGACCUUCGACUCGAGUUGA